ACGUGCGAACACAUGGAAUCUUACACAAGCUAUUAUCAAACGCUGAGGGCGAGUUCCGUAAUAUGUUGCAGCCGCCCCCCUCCCUCCCAUACAUGAUCCCGCUGCCUCACUGAAGGGGGGAGCUGCUACAUCCCUGAGACGACAAUGAAGUCCAUCGCCUGGAUCUCCUCGUCCGUCAGAGCGACGUGUCAACACACCUCUCCGUGUUUCCCCUUAAAUCGCGCUCCAAUCCGUUGCAGUUCAGUGGGGAGACGCACCGAUGUGGAUGUCCCCGGCACAACUGUAGUUGCGCAACAGCCGCGCGUAACGGGUCUGCGCGCGUUCCACAGCAUGCGCGCAAACACGGCGGUGGCCCAGCAGCUGAGUGCCGCCCCUCUCCCCACAACGGUGCCCCUGCCAGAGACGAGAGACGAUGAGCUGACCGCGUACCAGACUGCGAGACGCAGGCCACCUCAAACAGCAUCAGGAUCAGCUCCACACCUCUCUCCAUACAGCCCGUACACCAAGCCACAGAGCAAUGCGACCGCCCUAGUCAACAUCCGGUCUCUGUUCGAAGGGGAUGUGAUCCCUGAGCUGUGCUCCAGCCUGGCGGACUUCCCCAGCAAUGACAGAGCAGAGGGACUAGCCACUUUACUUGGAGCCUGUGUUGAAUUUGGCUUGGAAGCCCACAACCCUCUAGUCCUCAGACUGGUGGCAGAGUGCCUGCAGCUCCUCUCCAACAGGGACAUCAGGGUGGCGCAGCUCUGCCACCUGGGUGAGGUGGCACACGCCCUGGAGGGCCGCCAGUCAGCGAUGGUGACAGAGGUCCUGGACUCCAUAGGUGCUGCUGUGGAAGAGGACGUUGUCUCUCCCAGCGAGGCCGUCAGAGUCUACUCCCUUCUGGCCCUGUCUUCCGACCUUGCCAGCCAGCAGCAGGCACUCAUCCUACCCGCUUUGCACAGACACACUCAGAGGCUGGUCCACCGUCUGAAAGCCAGUCAAGUCAGCAAUAUUCUGCAGUCCCUUGCAAAGUUACAGCAGAGACAGGCCAUUUCCCUGGUGCUGAGGCUGAGUCACAGGGCGUCGCGGGUCUUUAAGGCUUUUAGCGACAAUGAAAUAAUUAAGGUGCUCUCUGCGUUGAUGAGCCUGGGACAGCAUCAUGAAGAGCUCCUGGCUGCUAUGGAGAAACAUGUGCCAGGGAGGCUGGGAAAGUGCGAUCCAGAGCUGAUCAGUACUGUCAUGGAGUACUGUCUGCAAAUGAGGUGCCGCUCCGAGCCGAUCUUUGAGGCUGUGGCUGAGAGCUUUGUGUGCAGUGCUGAGAGGCACACCACCCUUCAGAUAGCCAAGCAGAUUGUUGCCAUGGGGAGGCUCAACUACCUGCCACAGUGCUCCAGCCAGAUGUUUAAGAAGCUCGAGAGCAUUUUAUCAACAAGGUUUUCCCAGUUCCAGCCUCGCUCCCUGAUCGAGGUGCUGCACGCCUGCAUCCACCUGGAGCGCUUUCCGCUCAACUACGUGUCCAAAGUCUUCAGUCCAUACUUCCUACAGAGGCUGCAGGCUCAGGGGGAGCCACUGGACAAGAAUGCACUGGGACAACUGACACAGCUCCAUCUCUCCACCUCAUUAGAGUGUAAAUACUACUGGGGUCCCAGACUGCCUUACUUCCUUCAUGUGAAGAAGUUCUCCUCUGUGGACCAGGCCUUUGAGACACCUAUGGACAGUCUCUUGUACAAACAUGUCAAAGGGCCGCUUACACAGCUGCUGGGCGGAAAGUUUUACUCUACCAGAAUCUUUACUCCCAGUGGAUACACCGUAGAUAUUGAGAUAUGCCUGGAUGAGAAGGGAUAUGUUCUGCCUCUUUCUCAGUGGGAUCAAACAUACAGGAGGAUGGCACUGUGUUUAGAUGGUCAGAACCGUUUCUGCAGCAACACGCAACACUUGCUGGGGAAGGAAGCCACUAAGAUGAGACACCUCCGCAGGAUGGGCUAUGAGGUGGUGCAGAUCCCUUACUUUGAAUUUGAGAAGCUCAGAACUCAGAAGCAACAGGUCCAGUAUCUGCACAACAAGAUAUUUCCCACCAUCUUCAAGUUCAGCCACUGACAUCAGUCACCUCACGGGUUCAGUACUAGUUCAGCCAGAGGUUUCUCAGUGACUUUUAGUGGUUGAUCUGUAUGUUACUGUACAAAUCAGCCAUCCUUCCAAUGAACUGGAUGGAAAAAUAUGAAGAAGAUCCAAGGCUUAGCAUAUAACGGUGAAGAGCUGGUAUUCAACUAAUCUCACUGUCCAGAAAAAAAAGGCAGAUUAAAACAUUUUGCAGGCAUAUACUAUAAUUGCCCCAUGACCCAGGCAUAAUUUAACCAAACUUACUGUAAAACUAGAAGGGCACUCAGAGAUCGCAGGCCUAUGCUAAGAGAAAAAAAUAAAAAUUCAUAGUGAAUGAUCUGGAUCAAUGGGUCAUUCCCUGGCCGUUGCCCCAUCCCUCCACCAAGUUUGGUGCAAAUCAGUUUAGUACUUUUUGCGUAAUCCUGCAGACAAAAAAAAAACCAACAAACGGGGACAGGUGAAAACAUAAUCUCCUUGGCGGUGGUAGGUUUAAUUAAGUUUUAGAUUUUUGUCAUUUUAUGAAACAACCUGCCCCGUUUUGAGAAUUAAAGUAUAAAAAUGUCAAUGAAUAAUUUUACAAGGAUUUUUUUUUUUUUUUUAUGAACAACAAGGCAUCUAAUACCAAAACUGUCUAUAAAGCGAAAGGAGGGAUUGGAAAUGUUUAAAUGUCUGUUUAUAAUUUUAAACAAAGAUGAAUAAAAUCACAACCCAGCUCCUAAAGUGGGUUAGCAUUAGCACCUUGAAGACUACUUCCAUGCCUGGCCAACUGAGUGACAACACAUCUUUCAUUUGCACCUUGUGACCUAAAUGUAGCACUAUUUCUGUGGCUAUAGUUACACUGACUUUACCUCUGAUUUCAGCUAAAGUCAGUUUUGAAAAAUAAUUCUGGCCUAUAUUUAUCCUGCUGUUAAUUUAUUAUGUUUUUAAAUGGACAUGAUAGUGACUAUUUAUGCUUUUAAUUUGAAUACAAAAUAUGUAUAUAUUGUGUUGCUGUCUCAACCUUUGUCAUUGGCCCUGUUUGCACCUGAUUUUCUUUUCGGUGGAAAAAAAUAAUGUGACUCAUUCACUGGACGAGAUGUUCAAAUUCAAAAUGAGAUGUACAUGAGAUGUACAAAUGUGUGACAUGGAAUAUGCUUUUAUUUGAUGUUUGAAGAUAUACCAUAAAUUGCCUCACAUCAUCUCAUCUGGUGGUGGACUAAUUAAUUGCAGAGAGAUACUUUGAAAAAAAUAUUGAAUAGAUUUACAUUUAACAGUCAAUGAGUAACAGCUUCAGUAUGAAAAUUUUCCCCUAUUGUACAGUUACCCACAUUGCUAUCAUCUGCUAUUUAUCAGACAGACAAACAGAGCAACACGGGAAAUGUGGAAUCAUGGCCUAAGAUUAAAAAAUGAGACGGGUAGAGCUGAUAUGCAGAAAGUAAAAUCCAAAUGUUGUGUAAAUGUUGUUUGCAGUACCGUUGCUGAAUGAAAUCAGAGAAAGUACAGUAUGCUGGUGUCCUUUUGUAUCCUCAGCCUUACAGAAUUCUUAAUCUGGUCAGUUUUCAUCUAAU